AUAACAGUGAUCUGGUACAGCUCUGAAGUGAGGAAAUGGGGACGAUUCAGCACCCAGCGGGUGAAACUACUUAGAGUGUGUGGGUGGAGGUUUAAACAGUUCCCAGAUUCCUGCAGCAACACCUGCCACAAAGUUGUUUUAGUAAUUUGAUGCAGCUCACAAGACAAAGCCAGGAAAACAGCAAACCUUUUGAGGACGUAUUCUAGCUACUGGAGCAAAGCAAGCAGCAGGCAGCUGAUUAUGGAAAUUGUCAUCAAUCUCUUGUGGUCCUGGCUACCGGCGAGUCCCUCUCAGUUUCUCCAUUGGACUGUGGCAUUGAUCUUCAUCUGCGUCGUUCUGAAAGCCAUCCAGCUAUUUCAGACAAGGCAGAAACUGAUCAAGGGUUUCAGGAGUUUCCCAGGACCUCCCAGCCACUGGCUGUAUGGCCAUGUCCACAUGAUGAAACCUGAGGAAGAAUUCCUGAACGCAGCUGCAUGGACAGAAAAGUACCCGCACUGUUAUCCACGUUGGUAUGGAAAUUUCUUGGCUUUCCUGUGCAUCAACCACCCCGAAUAUGCAAAGGCCAUCUACAGCAGAGGCGAUCCUAAAUCUCUUGUAACAUACAGCUUCCUAAUUCCAUGGAUUGGAAAGGGGCUUCUCGUCCUGAAUGGGCCAAAGUGGCAGCAGCACCGGAAACUGCUGACUCCCGGAUUCCAUUACAAUAUUCUGAAGCCUUAUGUGACUCUUAUGGCAGAAUCAGUCAAGGAGAUGCUGGAUAUAUGGGGAAAGCUGGUACCAAAGAAUGGCACAGCAUCAGUGGAGAUGUUCGAACAUGUCAGUCUGAUGACUCUUGAUACUAUUAUGAAAUGUGCCUUCAGCUACCAGAAAAAUGCUGAAACAGACAGAGACAAUUCCUACAUUCAAACUGUAUUUGAUCUCAGCUUCAUGGUUCAUCAGAGACUGAAAACACCUUGGCAUCACAAUGAUCUCAUUUACCGGUUGAGCUCCAAAGGGCGUCAGUUUUACAAAGCUUGCAAAAUAGCCCAUCAUCACACAGAGAAGGUAAUAAGAGAGAGGAAGGAUUCCCUCAACAAUGAGAAAGAGCUUGAAAAGAUUCUGAAGAAGAGGCAUUUGGACUUUCUGGAUAUUCUUCUUUGCGCAAAGGAUGAAAAUGGAAAUCCAUUGUCAGAUGAAGACAUACGUGCAGAAGUGGACACAUUCAUGUUCGAAGGUCAUGAUACCACAGCUAGUGGAAUCUCUUGGCUCUUUUAUUGUAUGGCUCAGAACCCUGAACAUCAGCAGAGAUGCAGAGAGGAGAUCAUGGAGCUUCUUGGGCAACAGGAAGAGAUACAAUGGGACGACUUGGGAAAGAUGACGUACAGCACCAUGUGCAUUAAGGAGAGCCUUCGGCUUUAUCCUCCAGUACCUCUUAUAGCACGAGAACUGAAUUCUCCUGUGACUUUUGCUGAUGGACAAACCUUACCAAAAGGCUUUCUAACUGCAUUGGAUGUUUAUGGUCUUCACAGAAAUCCUGAGAUUUGGGACAAUCCUGAGGAGUUUAAUCCUCUAAGAUUCUCCACAGAGAAUUCAAAGCAUCGCCACCCAUAUGCUUUCUUGCCUUUUUCUGCAGGGCCAAGGAACUGCAUUGGACAGCAGUUUGCCAUGAAUGAGAUGAAGAUUGCUCUUGCAUUGACACUCCUGCGCUUUGAGCUUUUGCCUGAUCCUGCCAACCUCCCGAUUCCCAUGCCCCAAAUUGUCACCCGAUCCAUAAAUGGGAUAUAUCUGAAGCUGAAGGCUCUCCACUGAUGGCUGCUGUUACCAGAGUAGUAAUGCUUGCUUCUGGACUCUCAAUUCCUGCCAAUAAAUAUUUUUCUAAGAAGGUUUACAGGUAAAUUACACAUUUUAAAAACACAGCAGAUAGUUGUGACAUAUUAAAAAGUGUUCAGGACCCUUCCCACAGAACAGCUGAUGUGAGACCAACCUAUAUAUGACCCUGUUAAUUGUUAGAAUUCCUGCUCCAUGAUUGCAGUCAUGGGAUUGUUGUCUAUCACAUAACGGUGUAUGUUUUGACUCCACAGUGUGGGAAGUGACGGAGACAGGAUGUUUGUGUUACAAUUUUCCAUUGUUUUUUUCUCUUUGCUAUCUGAUGAGAAAGAGGAAGGAGCUAAGUCAGAAUGCUCCAUAUGUGUUUAUAUAUAAAUAAACGUAGAUUAUCCAAAUGCUGAGCUACUGAGUUCUGUUAUGCGGACUGCACAAACUCUGUGGAUCCCUGAAUGUGCUGGUGUCUGUUGGCAUCAGUCGCUGUGAUGUUAGGGCAGAAGAAAGCUUUUGAAGCUCCCGAACGAUUGACCAGAAGGGAGAGAACAUGCCAGCCAGGCAUGUGUCUCUACCAGGGUCCUACUCGAGAGUAGGAUGAGCUAAUAACAAUGAGCUCCAGAUGAGUAUUUGCCCCUGGCAGAUGGGGUGUUGGGAUAAUGGGUAUUUAGUUGUCAUGAAUUAUUUGCUAUCUUUCUGUGAUUUUAUGGCAAACUCUCCUGUGCUUAUUGAACAUGCCCAUUACAGAGCUUUGGUUAUUUACAAUAUAAACUCUGAAAUCAAGGCUUAAUAUGGCUGGAUUUUAAUUUUUAUAUGUUUUAUAUUAUAGACCUAGGAAUACUAUGGGGUUUGUUUGUUUUUAGUAAAACAAAGUAUGCAUUAGUCAGCUUUAUAAUAAAUAGGUCAUAACUAUUGUGUUCCAAGGAUUGUACGGGGAAAAGCCUGAUCU